AUGGUCUCGUCCUCGGUGGCAUCGCCGCUGCUGACGCUGCGGUACGCGUCUCUCGACGAUGUGGCGCAGGACCUUGACAUGGUGAUCCAAUCGUGCUCCGAGGGCGAGUGGGCGUGGGAUGGAGCAAGCGAAUCGGAACGAGAGGGAUGGCAGCAGUUCGUUCAGGAUCCUACUUCGAUGCCAAGGUCCAAGGUGGCGGGUCUGGCGGGCAAGCUUCAGGUGGCAAAAGGGUUCAGCCUGUCAUUCGCUCUUCUGUCGCAGUCUCAGGACGACGGCAAGGAGCAAAAAGCGACGGUCGACGUUUCAGCACCAACCCUUUCGCCUGAGGAAGCAGCGAAGAUCAAAACGGCCUUGCAGAUACGCUCGAAAGAAUGGCAGCAAGACGGCAUCGAGUCGCUCUUCCUCUUUGAUCUGCUCACGACCACUCAGACGCUCGUUGCCGACCUGCCCGACCAGUCUCAGGCCGAGACCCUCGACAAGGCCUCCUCGGAAGCCCGGCCAUCCAAACCAUCGCAGGCAGCGCCGAAGCACAUCGAGUUGUCACGCGCGCUCUUCUGGUCACAUCACCUCAAAGCACCCUCGAAGCUCAAGGACUUCAACAAUUGGUGUCCCGAACUCGGCAUCUGGGGCAUCGUGCGUGUCGGCUACCCUGGCUACCUAUGCUUCGAAGGCGAGACGUCUGCGGUCGACGAGAUGGUGAGGCGAGUCAAGGGGUUGCAGUGGCACGCUAUCCAGCUGCGCGUGCAGACGGCAUGGAAUUGGACUGGAGAACAGUGGCAGCAUAAGGAGAGCGGAAGACGCAGCCCGAUGGAGCAGGCACUGCUGUCGUGUGCGCUCGCAAAGGGGCACCCUGACAAUGCGUUUGCGGACAAGGGAGGAGAGGGCAAGGUCCGCACAGGAUGUCAGAUGAUAGAGAAUCUCGGCGAGCUGGUCACACGUCUCAAGGAAUGUGGACUAGCUGAAGACGAGAUCGAGACUGUUCUUGGCAUUCAUAUCAGCGGGUGA